CCUUUCGAUAGGAAGCUCUUGCUUACUGUUCUUACCGUUGAUUUAUGACAAUAUUGUAGCAUUUGAUUACCAGUACGAUGUGUAGUGUUAUAAACAAUAUGGGUUUGGCAAAGCAUAAUAUUGCUCAUCUUGUAUGCACAUCAUUCAUGUGAAUAGCUCAUCAAGUUAUACAAAUCGCGGUGAAUUUGUGCAAUAUUGACAGCAUUCGUCCAAUAACAAAGAAUAUCGAUUUUCAACAAAGUUCGGUCAAGCGACUCAACUGUAUACCAUAGGUGUGCUGUUCGUGUUAUUGUUAAUCAAUUUAUUGAUUGAAGAAUCUGGUAGACGCCAUGCUAUCUGAUAUGUAUGUGGGAUUAAAUCAUGUUCAUUCUAGUCGCUAAAUAAUGAAGUUGUAACUUGUGCUAACGAUUUGAUACAGAUUGAAAAUAUAGUUCGGGGCAUCAAGUGUUGAUUUGUUAAGACGAAAUAUAAGAAAGGUUUAUAUUUAGUGCGGUCAUCAACAUUAAUUCUAAAAUAAGACACAAUGGAUCUCUGCAAAAGACAUAUAACUUCUAUCAUGCUGCAACCUGAUCUCUCCGACUAUCACUGUGCGAUAUGCCUACUCAAGCAGAAUCCUUUGGACACACUGAACGGGUCCACGAUUGCCCAAAUUAUAGCACAGGGUCGCCCAACUCCACCGCUUCCAGGCCUGUCGAAGGAGUGUCGCUACAAGGGCAAGGCAUUCACCAGGCGUUUCAAAAAAGACAACUAUCUCCGCUACAACUGGCUGUCCGGUUGCGGCAUUGAGAAUAAACUAUUUUGCUGGCCUUGCCACAUCUUUUCGGCUGAUCCAACGGACACCUGGGGUUACAAGGGAUUCGACGGACUAAGCAAUUUCAGCAAUUCGGUGAAGACUCACCUAAACCAAGAACUACACAUUCUGAACAUAGAGAAAUAUAACGUGUACGCCUCAGAUGAACACAAAAUUUUGCCUGAACGGUUACCCAUACCAAAUUUCACGACAUUGCGCAGCAAAAUAGACUUUCCUCCGGACGUUCCAGUACCGCUCCAGUUAAGCCAUUACCCGGAGGAGUUGAACGGAGAAGAUGCCCAUGAUAACGAUGAUGUCGAUAUAAUUCGGCACUCCGAUGUGAUGGUUGAGCUGGUAGACGACGACGAGGUGCAGGACGCAGAAUGCAUUGCAAGAGAAACAGAUUCUCAAACUUCGGGAUCUUGCGCGGAAAAAUAUCAACUGAAGUGGCAUUCACAUCAACAGAAUCUCAACUCGUCAAUUUCGUGUCUCUAUAAGAACGACCGAUAUGCUGACGUUACGCUGAUAACCUGCAAUAGCGAUGAGAAUUUUACAAUACUUGCGCACAAGUUGGUGUUGGGUACUUCCAGUACGUAUUUCGCCAACAUCUUCGACAGAAGUUCAAUCCCAUCGAAUGCAAUGAUGUACAUUGUACUUCCUCCGGAAAUAACCAAGCGCGCCAUCCAGACAUUGAUUCAAUACAUGUAUACCGGAGAGUCAACCGUGUCGGUCGACAUCCUCAAUGAAGUAUUACGCAGUGGAGACAUUCUGAAAAUUCGGGGACUGUGGCGAAAUCAAACCGAGGCGUCAGCGAAUAGUGAGCAACAUUCAUCAAAAGAUGCCGCUGAUGCUCGUCAUCGAUCGGAACGCAUUUCGGUGGAUCGUAUUCCUUUGCAGGAGCCUCGAAUUGCUCAGAAUCCCAUCCACGAUAGCCCUGUUAUUGUCACAAACAUGACCAAGAGUCAUGGAAUUAGUCAAACUGCUCAAACGGCCGCUAGUUCGUCUGCACCAUUGAUCAAUGUAAACAAGCAUGUGGCUAUCGACCCAGGUGAUAGAGGGGGCAAAGUGCAAAAUCAAAAGCGACCUUUUCAGGAAACUAAUCAGCAGGCAUGCCGCCAGCUUAGCGCAACCAAAAUCUCCGCAGUCAAACCGUCAUCAUCAAAUGUAGAAAGCACGUAUGCUACCGGCUCCGGUCAGCAUGCUAUGCCGGAAGAAUUGAAUUUCCUGAACGUGAAAGAGGAACCCGUAGAAUGGGCAGAUGUCAAUGCAGAAGAGAUCAGUAUUGAAAAGUCUGAUAUGCCGAUGGUUAAAGUUGAAAUAAGAGAAACAGGUAGUGCAGAGGGACAAGAUGGACAGGAACAAGUCUACUCUCCACUGACAUGUGAACUGUGCAGUGAGACGUUUACCGUUCCUGCCGAAUGGGUGAGGCACAUAGAAAGUCAUACCGAUCCACCGCACACAGUAUCCAAGAGGAGAAGGCGUGUAGAAAAUGACAAUGACUCGGAUGCCACGGCAGCUUUGAAAUGUGAUUUGUGUGCCAUGUAUUUUGUGACUCCAGCCGAAUGGGUACGGCACGUUCAAAGCACUCACACCGAAACGGAGCUAGCAAUUUCCAACAACAGCAGUUUGACACGAAGAUGCUUCAAAUCAACCACUUCCGAUCCACAGUCUCUAUCGGCGGCUCAACAACAGGAAAAAUCUUGUUCCGUUUGCAAAAAAAGCUUCCCCUCCUAUGCCAGCAUGCUCAUUCACAAACGAACGCACACAGGAGAACGUCCUUUCUAUUGCGACAUUUGCAACAAAGGGUUCAACGUGAAGUCCAAUCUUUUACGACACAUGCGAACGUUGCAUAACCAACACGGCAGCCAGUCUCCUGUAUCAGGCGAUAGUCACGGAUCGGACUAGGAUUAGAAGCACAUUCAAAAUGCAGACCGAAUGCACUUCAUUUUACACUACUCAGUCUUCUCUACAGCCGGUUGAUACCGGUCGUCAUUGUACGCUAAAGCGCUUUUAUGUAUUUAUAUCUUAGACGUAAGUCAGUCAUCUCAAUAAUUUCUAAUUUCAUUGGGGAAAAUGUCUAGCGAGUUCCCAAAAAAAUCACACUUUGUAUAGCAUAUAGAACGUAAUGAUCCGUUCCAAAAUUGGGAGUGAUGAGAGAAAGAACAUUUUGGGUUCUUUUCUUUCAAAUUAAUCUUAGUGAGGCUGAUUUUCUUAUCAGAGAGAACUAAAUACAACUUUUUAUUUAUCA